AUAAAUCAGGGGACAGCUGAUUUUGCAAAAUUCUGCAUAAUGAAACAAUAAAUGUGUGCGGUGAAGAGUCGGCAUCUUUGAUGCACGGCGUCUUGCACGACGUUGUUUAUCUUACACAUGAAAUUAAAUGCUGACGUUUGAAUUUGCGCAAUUAUUUCACUGCGGCACAGAUAUGUGAUACCUAUGUCUUUUAUCUAUGACUGCAGACUAUCUUAUAAUUAAAUACUUAAACUUGAGCUGAUCGGUUAUUAUGUAUGCUUAUAAAUUUCUACUACGGACCUGGAUUUUAAAAGUGCUAUUAGGUACGUAGAAAUCUGCGAGGAAGUAUGAGAUAAUUGCGUUUUAGUUCAUGUACCAUGCUGCAGAUGGACGAUGCAAACUAUCCUAACGAGUAGAACAUGCAAUCGGCGCAAAUUGUGCCGCGUGGUUGUCUAUCUUCCUCGUUAUAUGUUAAUCAAUGGUUAUAGUAAAGGACAUAGAACAUAGGAAUCAAUUACUUGAAGCCGUUACUAAUUUCUAUGCAUAUCAUAAAAUUUGUCCAGCACUAGAGCAAUUCAGGGAAGGCCUCCAGUCCGGUAUGAUUUUUGAACUUAUCAAGAGCCAUCCAACUAUAUUCAAGGAGGCAAUGUGCUGUGAAGAGUUGCUAACAGUUAACCUAUUCGACAAUCUCUUCACAAUAAAUUACAGUGAAAUCGGCAGUACAAAGCGGUCUGCAGAAAAUCGAACUAUUACUUUCUGGAGAGACUUUUUACUGGACUGUGAAGACAAUGUGACAGAUAUUACUCUUAAAACUAUAUUGAUAUUUGUAACUGGUGCAGAGACAGUGCCUCCAUUAGGAUUUAAUCAUCAGCCAAUAAUUUCAUUUUUACACGACCAGAGUUUAUAUCCUAAAGAGAACACAUGUGGGUUGCAAUUAGAUUUACCUACCGCGCAUAAUACUUAUGAAACUUUUCUUCACCAUGUUGUAUUUGGCAUCGGUAAUUGCAACGAUUUCGCAUUUGCAUAA